GAAAUCUGUCUGCAGAGCCACUUUCCAGACAUCAUAGCUUGAUCAGUAGAAUCAGAAAUAAUUUCAUCAAGAGUCCCCAGCGUACUAAACUCCAGGAUGGGUCGCUCCUCCAAAGACAAGCGGGAUAUUUACUACCGCCUGGCCAAAGAAGAGGGCUGGAGAGCGAGGAGCGCCUUUAAGCUGCUGCAGCUCGACAAUGAGUUCAACUUGUUUUCAGGUGUGAACCGGGCCGUAGAUCUGUGUGCAGCGCCGGGUAGCUGGAGUCAGGUUCUCAGUCGCAAGCUCAGAGGCAGGGAAGAGAGGGGUGAGAAGGCUGGAGGGGGUGAGGAGGUGAAGAUUGUUGCAGUGGACCUGCAGGCCAUGGCUCCUCUGCCAGGGGUCACUCAGAUUCAGGGGGACAUCACUAAGGUGUCCACGGCUCAGGAGAUAAUCCGCCACUUUGAGGGGCAGCCGGCCGACCUGGUGGUGUGCGACGGAGCUCCAGAUGUAACUGGUCUCCAUGAUGUGGAUGAGUACAUCCAAGCUCAGCUCCUACUGGCUGCUCUGAACAUCACAACUCACGUCCUGAAACCUGGAGGAACGUUUGUAGCCAAGAUCUUCAGAGGUAAAGAUGUAACUCUGCUGUACUCUCAGCUGAGGAUCUUCUUCAGCAGUGUGACCUGCGCCAAGCCUCGCAGCAGCAGGAACUCAAGCAUCGAGGCCUUCGUGGUGUGUCAGAAUUAUUCUCCUCCUGAGGGUUAUGUGCCAAACAUGUCCAACCCUCUGCUGGACCACUCCUAUGAUGUGGACUUCAACCAGCUGGAAGGACCAAACCGUGUCAUUGUUCCCUUCCUAGCAUGUGGUGACCUCAGCGCCUUUGAUUCGGACAGAACUUACCCGCUACAGCUUGAUACUGGUAAAGAGUACCAGUACGUCCCCCCCACACAGCCGCCUAUACGCCCUCCCUAUGAGCAGGCCUGCCACCUUCGCAAACACAACUUACUGUCCAGAGAGGACGCUCCUUCCAUCGGACCCGCCCAAAGCCAAGAAGAACCGGAACCAUCAGCCAAGUCCUCAUGACCCUUAACUCCUGCUUAGUGGGAAAAGCCCUUUAACAUGUGUUAAAUCACAGGCUGCUAAAUUCUACUCGUUUUCCAUUCAGAAUGAUGUGUUUUUAAUUAUUUGACUGGGUUUGAUUUGACAUCUGAAAAAUAAAGGCUAUCUUAAUAAUGA